GUGGCAGAGCUGGAGGCUCAGAGCGGACAGCCUGGUCCCAGUGGGUCUGAGACGAGGGAUGAGCUGACCCAGUCCUUGGAGGAGCUGGAAGCCUUGCUCAAAGCAAAAGUCGAGGUAAGGCCCGGGGCUCAGACGCUCUUCUAGGCAACCAGGUACUGCUAGCCUUGAGGUGCCAGCCUUCUAUGCUCUCUAGAAAGUGCCGUUGAAAGAAACUAGUGAGGUAUAAACUAAGGUUUUUGCUUGAGAAUCUCAAGAAACCAGUUGUUCUUGAGUUUUUUUUAAAACACUUCCCAUCUGGAAGCAGAAAGCCUUGGUAGAGGUAUUUUGCAUACUCUAAAUCCCACCUCUUGUUCAAAGGAAAUUGCUUUACGUGUAUCUAUAUUGGAUGGAUUAAAUGAAUCCCGGCUGCAUUAUGGGAAAACUGUCAGUCAUCCAAACAAUCAGGUUUAUUCGGUUUUGAGAAAGUACAGUAUUAUUUCGGAGCAGCUGCAAACUUGGUCUACUGCUCAAGAAUGCUAUGAAUAAUGACAAUGCCCAAAACAUUCUGAAAAUAGGGCAUCACAUUUACAGUGCCUUCGGAAAGUAUUCAACCCCCUUGACUUUUCCACAUUUUGUUGCAUUACAAAGUGGGAUUUAAAUUGUUUUAUUGUCAACGAUCUAUAUAUACUUGUCAAAGUGGAAGAAGAAUUUUAUUGUAAAAUAAUAUUGAAAAAUAAAACACUAUCUUGAUUUAAACAUGUUAGAAACAGCUUUGGCAGCAAUUACAGCUGUGAGUCUUUUUGGGUAAGUCUAAGAGCUUUGCAUACCUGGAUUGUACAUAUUUGCCCCUUUUUUUUAUUCUUCAAGCUCUGUCAAGUUGGUUGUUGAUCAUUGCAGCCAUUUUCAAGUCUUGCCAUAGAUUUUCAAGCCAAUUUAAGUCAGAACUGUAACUAGGCCACUCAAGAACAGUGUAGAUUUGGCUGUUUGUUUUAAAUUAUUGUCCUGCUGAAAGGUGAAUUUGUCUGCCAGUGUCUGUUGGAAAGCAGACUGAACCAGGUUAUCCUCUAGGAUUUUGCCUGUGCUCAGCUCUAUUCCAUUUAUUUGUAUCCUAAAAAAAACUCCCUAGUCCUUGCUGAUGACAAGCAUACUCAUAAUAUGAUGUAGCCACCACAAGCUUGAAAAUAUGAAGAAUGGUACUCAGUAAUGUGUUGGAUUUGCCCCAAACAUAAUGCCUUUUAUCCAGGAAAAAAAAGUUUAUCUCUUUGCCACAUUCUUUGCAAUAUUACUUUAGUGCCUUGUUGCAAACAGGAUGCAUGUUUUGGAAUAUUUGUAUUCUGUACAGGCUUCCUUCUUUUCACUCUCUCAUUUAGGUUAGUAUUGUGGAGUAACUACCAUGCUGUUGAUCCAUUCUCAAGUUUCUCUUAUCACAGCCAUUAAACUCUGUAACUGUUUAAAAAGUACUAUGGGCCUCAUGGUGAAAUCCCUGAGUGGUUUCCGUCCUCUCCGGCAACUGAGUUAGGAAGGAUGCCUGUAUCUUUGUAUUGACUGGGUGUAUUGAUACACCAUCCGAAGCCUAAUUAAUAAUUUUACCAUGCUCAAAUUGAUAUUUAGUGUCUGCUUUUAUUUAUUUUUACCCAUCAACCAAUAGGUGCCCUUCUUUGCGAGGCAUUGGAAAACCUCCCUGGUCUAUUCAACAUACACUACAUGGCCAAAAGUAUGUGGAAACCCCUUCAAAUUAGUGGAGUCGGAUAGUUCAGCCACACGCGUUGCUGACAGGUGUAUACAAUUGGGCACACAGCCAUGUAAUCUCCAUAGGCAUACAUUGGCCUCCUGAGUGGCGCAGUGGUCUAAGGAACUGCAUUGCAGUGCUAGCUGUGCCACUAGAGAUCCUGGUUCGAAUUCAGGCUCUGUCGUAUGCCGGCCGCGACCGGGCGACCCAUGGGGCGGCGCACAAUUGCCUCAGCGUCGUCCAGGGUAGGGUAGGGGAGGGAAUGGCCGGCAGGGAUGUAGCUCAGUUGGUAGAGCAUGGUGUUUGCAAAAUAAAAAAAAUAAUGUAUGCACUCACUCUGGAUAAGAGCGUCUGCUAAAUGACUAAAAUGUAAAUGUAAAAUGUAAUUGGCAUUAGAAUGGCCUUACUAAAGAGCUCAGUGACUUUCAACGUGGCACCGUCAUAGUUUUCUGAAAUGCUAGAGCUGCCCCGGUCAACUGUAAGUGCUGUUAUUGUGAAGUGGAAACGUCUAGGCGAAGUGGAAACGUCUGGGAAGUGGUAGGCCACACAAGCUCACAGAACGCUGAAGUGCGUAGUGCAUAAAAAUCGUCUGUCCUCGGUUGCAACACUCACUACCGAGUUCCAAACUGCCUCUGGAAACAACGUCAGCACAAAUGGUUUGUCGAGAUCGGUGUGGAAGAACUUGACUGGCCUGCAUAGCGCCCUGACCUCAACUCCAUCGAACACCUUUGGGAUGAAUUGGAAUGCAGACUGCAAGCCAGGCCUGAUCGCCCAACAUCAGUGCCCGACCUCACUAAUGCUCAUGGCUAAGUGAGGUCCCUGCAGAUGUUGGAACAGUCCCCGUUCCAACAUCUAGUGGAAAGCCUUCCCAGAAGAGUGUAGGCAAAGUGGGGACCAACUCCAUAUUAAUGCCCAUGAUUUUGGAAUGAGAUGUUCGACGAGCAGGUGUCCACAUACUUUCGGCCAUGUAGUGCAAAAAUCAUGUUAACCACUAUUAUUGCACACAGAGUACAUGCAGAUUAUUACAUGAUUUGUUAAGCAAAUGUUUAAUCCUGAACUUAUUUAGGCUUGCCAUAACAAAGGGGUUUAAUACUUGACUUUUUACAUUUUUUUAUCAGCUUUUCAUUUUCUAUUAAUUAGUUUUUUUUUAUCUACAACUAAAUUCCACCUCGACAUUAUGGGAUAUUGUGUGUAGAUUCGUGACACUCGUGAAGGGGGUUGAAUACUUUCUGAAGGCACUGCAUCUAAAUGGUUCAGUUUCCUUGUGGCGUUGUAGUGCUAUCUCAAACCUCCACAUUCUCUUACAGUCUAAACAAGCAAAACUUCAGCAAGGAUAACUCAUACAAGGUCACUUUGUACUGGAGUCCAUGACGGAAAUUUCAGUAACAGUAAAAUGUCCCAAAGUUUGUCAAAACAAGCCAGGCUACACAAGAUUAUUUGACAGCUAUCUUUCGGUUACUGGCCCAACGCUCUAAACGCUAGGCUACCUGCCGCCUAGUAAUAAAGAGUCCCUUGUGGACCCCAGGAAGAGUAGCUGCUGCUUUCUGAACAGCUAAUGGGUAUCCUGAUAAAAUACCAAAGGAUUACUGUAUUUGUUGUCUUUUUUAGGAAAUCCACAAUCUACAGAGCAAGAAAUCAGAUAUCCAUGAGUUGGAAAAAGAGAGGGAAGAGGCUGUUCAGAGACUUCAGGUGAGUUUGGUUAAUUGGGGUAGAACAUGCAUUUUUGGCUUCUCCACACUAGUGAAUCCUGAACACCAGUGAUUCUCAACCGCUUAAGGGGCUCGGUGAGAGUUUACAAAGGGUAUGCAAAAAAGCAGGGUUGGGGGAAAAACAAAUUGGUAUGACACUGACCAUUUUAACAUAAAUUGAUCUGUAGUCCUCUGUCAUUUGUGGACCUUCUAGGAUCUGGAGACACGGAACACAGAACUGGAGCAACGGGUGGAGAGCGCUGAGCAGACUCUAGCUUCCUCUCUGGAGGAGCGGGAACGGGCGGAGAGUGAGGUUCAGCGGGUCGUCGACGUUCUCGACGUCAAGAUCUACGACCUGAAUGACCUGCGACAGAGCUUGGCCAAGCUCAUCAACAAAUAG